AUGGCCGUCAAUCCAACGGUGUUUACCCCCUGGUUCGGCCCAAAAGAGGCAGCGGAGUACUUCCGCUCUCUACUCCCAGAAGAUGUCUCAGAAACACAGGUCUUCGAGACUAACCGGUAUCUAUUGAAAUGUGUCCAUAAUGGAGCUAUUACUCCCAAGAUCUUCUCCAUAUGGCUUUUCAACGCCCAUCCCAGAUUCCCUGGCGUCCUCCAGAGCGCCCUGCGCGAUGAGGCCUCGCGUGGUGUGCGCCAGGCCGGCAUGAACGUUUUGAAAUGCACCUUGAGAACAGACCAGUGGCGCGAGAAGGGCUGGAACGCGGUCGGAGGCACGGCCGGUUUGAAGGUGAUCUUUGAGAAGCUUAGCGUUCAAGAGGCCAAGGGAUUGGCGAGAGCCAUCGGCGCAUGCUCAGACACCAGCGAUGCCUCCAAAUCGCAAGCGGUGGACGAGCUGCUUCACGUCUUGAUUCCCAACUUCUUCAACUCCUCCUCCGCCGGGACCCGGCCUGACGGCUCGCGACAGCUACUACGCGUUAAAGACCUGGUAGCCUUGUUCAACGUAUCCAGCGAUGCCACGGUAAUCGAAUGUUUUGCAACAGAUUGGUCCGAUGAGUUCAUUGACCACUUGAUGCGGCAUUUGGUCGACUCUCACAUGCCACUAUUAAGAAAAAUCGCCGUCGGGUCGGUUCCAGCCUAUCCUCCCAUUCGGAGGCGUUUGCUGAAUAGCCAUCUGUCUGCUAUCCUCACAUCGUAUGAGCCUUAUGAAUCAAAAAACUUUCGUGGGGGGCAGGCUAGCAUACCGGCAAUAGACAUCACCUUGGACCUUAUCGACAGUACUCGUGGGGAGUCAGAAAAGGCGCGCGAAGUUCAUUGGGACACCCGCAUUCUCUGCAUCGACAAGACUCUGAGCGUCGCCCGGCGCUUAAAGGUGCCCUUCGACGAGAUUCUCGCAUUUCUUGAGCAGGUAAUACCAGCACUGGGUCAUUCGGAACGAAAACUGCAUGAAUGGAGGCCACUCAUACACGCCUUGGUAAAGUUCUGGGCCAUGGCCGCCUUCCCGGAAGAGUAUCUAGAGUCGUUUUCUGAUGCAGCUGCUGAACGUCACCGGGAGAGACUGCAUCCGUCUAGGCCACAAAAGGCUCACAAAGACUCUCUGGAGACAAUGCUCCGAACGAUCUUCGGGACGAUCCAAAAAACCGAACUCGGCUCGUGUCUAAGGCUCGUCUUGCCCAAGACUAUGGCACAGGCAAGGCUACCCUUGCUCAAGAUUAUAUGCAAGCACAUGCGAGGCCUUGAAAUAGAUCUGGACCAACCUACACCGUCGAAAGACGAGGAACAGCUGUUGCCAUUGGAUUCAUCAUUCUUCCUGUCUCUUCCCGGAGAGGAUGCAAGGUGGCUAUUUGAACGCGCGGCACAGCUGUCGCCGGCGAAAUGCUUGACCACGUCCAUCCCGUAUGAAUGGCCAGCGGUCGCAGGAGACUCCUCUUCAUUCGUGGAGAGCAUGAUUCUAGUGCAUUUAGAGUCUAAAAGCAAGAAACUGGCCAGUACUGAUCAUCCAGUGACACGUCAAAUAAUCGAAGACAUCAAACUGAAGGCUGUGAAAGCCCGCGAUGCUGGUGAGCGACAACAGUGGGCGCGUCUUAUGGUCAGCGUCGCAGUGUUGAGCAAAAAUGUUCGAUUCUUGAAAGACGUUUUGUGUUGGACAUCCCGUUUUGUGCGAGAUCCGUUAGUGAGACCGUGGCUCGUGAGAAGAAUCUACGCGGCAGACGUCGCAUCCGUCUUGUCCUGCGUGGUGUCGCCAACUUUAGCCGACCUUGCGGCCAAUGUGGAAACUGCUAAUGAGGCACUGCAUAAUCUUAUGGAACAGGCUCUUUUAGUCUUUCAAGAGCCCUGGCACAAAAGCUAUCAUGAUAGCGAAUUCGGCUCUUUGCUUGAGAUCAUCGUUUCUACGCGAAUAAACGCGGUGAAGCGCUUGUGUCGACGUGGUCUAGGAAGCGAAAAGGAGGUAGUGGACACUCUAUUCAACAAGCUGGUGCCGAUUGUGUUAGAAUAUGAAAGUGUGGGCAUUACGGAAGGGUACGAAGCCCUUUGCUGGGGAAGAUUGUCUGGAGCGCUUCAUGGAAUGGAAUGUCCGCAGAACCCAACAACUGGGGUACUGAAGCUUUUAGACUCGCUUGCACAGCAACGAGAUCGACUUUGGGCUCAGCAGCGUCUUCUACGGAACCCCCAAACCGCAUCGUUCCCCGAAGGGUUGCCCCGAGGUUUACCUCUUCAGUAUCUGUUUCCUACGAAGAAAUGGACGAUCGAGGUGAUGAAGUCUCAAGAGGUUAACAGCUUUAUUAAGAAGAGAGUCACGGAGGUUGUCUUCUGCGAUGCUAGUAAAGCCCUCCAGAAGAUAGACCAAGAGAAUCACCGCUUGGGGCCAUUCGUGGACAGUUUGAAAUUUGCUAUCAGCUUCUACAUCGGCAACGGGCCUGACGAAGAACGGGGCACACGCAUACUGGAAAUAUGGAGGCACUACUCGGAGAAAGUUCCAUCUUCUGCGGGGCAUAUAGAGAGUCUACAGGAGUACCUGUGCUCCUUUCUGAGACCCAGAGGCUUGCAUAAAAUUGCAAGAAUCAUCGAUCCUAUUCAAUUGCCCUCGCUAGACAUAUUUCAGAGUAUGUCACGCGACUCGCCUAGCUUUGAAUGGGAGCCUCGCCCAGAGAUUACACGCAACUUUUCAACAAAACAUUGGGAGGAGACACUGUUGCAGCAUCAGUUCUUUGCCACCAAGCAGCAAGGCUCUUUGGAAGCCGUGAUACUGGCCUUCUCUCAUCCAAACGCGUGGAAAUCAACUGCGAAGUCUGAAGCAUACGACAUAUGGCGGCCCACGUACGGUCCUCGAAGACUCCCAUGCCAACACAAAGAAGCUCUUACUGUCUCUGCUCUUUUGUUUCUCAACAGCCUAACCCACAAUUCGGCACGACUUCUAUCCAAGACCUUCCCUGAAGAUGCAGACAUUUGUCGGUAUCCGUCGGCCCACCUUGACUACGAGUUCUUGUCGUCCAUUGAUGACCAGGGAGAAGCGGCCACGGCCGCCAUUUCUGUACUUAAUGGCUUGGUGAGACUUGUCCCGCCUAGCCUUCUGUAUGAACUUUCGCUGUCCCUCAUGGAGACCCUUGACGAGCUGGAAAGUAAGUCGCCGAAAUAUGCAUUGGUCCAGCGAUGUGCUUUCAGAACAAUGAGCCUUGUCCGGCGGUCCGACAAGCCCGAACUGGCUGCGCGUCUGGGGUUGAAAGCGCUGGAGCUAUUCCCCAAAGCAUCCUCAUGGCACCGGACGGCUUUCCCUUCGUCACUCGGGAAAAUCCUCAGCCGCGCAACGGCAGAGCAGAUUAUGCACGAAUUUACUGCAUAUGUCUUUGAGGCGCUUCGGAAGCAGAGAGAAGCUGCAAGCCCGAAGUCUGGUCGGGAAAAGUCCGAGAAGACGGGUAUCAAGAUCACCACCGUGAAGAUGCUGGGUGCAAUGCUGGCCGAAAACAAAUUUGGCCUGUCUUCUUCUUUCGUGACUCGCGCUCUGAAAGACCUAUUUUAUGCCAGCAAGCAUAUUGAUGUGCGAGUGAUGGUGUGCAGGGCUCUACUCGAUGUUGUUAGAGAGUACGACGACGCAGACGAAGCAUACGAAAUCUUCACAUCGUUGGCACCCUAUGCCGCAGGGCCCAGCGAAAACAGCGGGUCAGGGAACUGGGUGCAAUCAGAGCAGGCGCAGCUUCCACGGGUUGACUCUCAACGGCCCUUACUCGACAUAUUCACCGGAACAGCCUACCGCAUGCUUCCGUCAAAGUACCAUGUACAGUAUACCUACAAGACCCUGAUACCACUCAUUGAAGAAUCGACAAGACAACACAAUCUUUGGAUGCGUCGAUUCCUUUCUCGACUUGAGCUCACGCCUGAAGAGCUGUCCGUAACAGACUUUGGCCCGUUCGCGCCAAAUGUGCUUAGGACAGUGGUGGACUGCUAUUCUUCCUACCUCCCCCGGGAGUACCUUCUCAAGCACCGGUCGUGGGCUCUGAGCUAUCUGGACUGUAUGAAGCUCCGGAACAUCAAAGAAAAGUUGACCAAGCAAGACCGAUCAUGGCGAACAACCAACGCAGGCGAGCACUGGAAAGAGUGGUUCGACAGUCACGCGAAAACGAAGUAUGUCGCUCUGCUGAGGUAUGAGCUUGGACGCAAAACAGAACCGAAGAUCCCCAACGGCAUCACACCCGAAGCUAUCGCGGAGGAAAUUGUCCGGUGUGCGGCAAUUGUCGUCCGCAACCCCUUCGAAUUUGUGUGCGGUCACGUCGAGGUAUCUCAGAAGUGGUUCACAAACCUACUAUCGGAUCUAGACAUAACCAAGGCAGCGAUGCGAGCCGAAGCCUUGCCGAUUGUGGAACGAAUAAUAGCGGAUGUACAUGCUCUUCGGACUGAGGAAUGGAACAACGAUCCCCAUCGCAGCCCUCCAGUUCUCCCUGCCAAACUCCAGCUGCAGACAUUGCUACUGCCGUACCCGCAUCUCUGCCCAGACCUCCCUUCCCAUUACGAGACGUUUGCUUCCAGCGUGAUCACCUUGGUCGAAGAAUGCGCCGCCUCUCCGACGUAUCUCGCAGAUAAGGCUUUCCUCAUAGAAGCCAUGGAGCGCUUGGAGAAAGAGGACGCGCGCCCAUGUGUGCUUGAGAUUGGCCGAGGGUACGAAUCGCAUCCAGAUGCCCUUGUACAGUACUUGAGGGUCUGGCUGGCGCAGGCUGUGUUGCUGAGGUGGAAACUACACGAGGACGAACGUGAAACGGAAGUCCAUGAGAUGGUCUCCCAGUGGAAGCGGUGUCCAAAUGAGUCGGUACGGUCUAUUGGGUGGUCUCUACUCCCACAAGCGAGGUGA